UGAUAUAAACCAAUUGGCGAUCGACAAACGUGAAGGUGACCAAUCAAAAUGCAGCAAAAAGAGAGCUGUAGUUAGACAGAGAGCGCGAGGGCGGUAACACGUACCAGAGCCUCUGUGAGACAGCAGCGAAAAAGACUAAUGACCCAGCAUGAAGAGCCAGUCAUUCCACUAGCAUGGACAAGUACGAAAAGGUGAAGAAAAUUGGGGAAGGGUCAUUUGGAAAGGCCGUCCUUGUGAAAUCCAAAGAGGAUGGACACCAAUAUGUCAUCAAGGAGAUUGGCAUAUCUGGGAUGUCAAGCAAAGAGAGGCAGGAAUCUCGAAGAGAGGUUGCAGUACUUGCCAACAUGAGUCAUCCCAACAUUGUCCAGUAUAAGGAGUCUUUUGAAGAGGGGGGCUGUCUGUAUAUUGUGAUGGACUACUGUGAGGGAGGAGACCUCUUCAAGAAGAUCAACUCUCAGAAAGGAGUACUGUUCUCAGAAGAGCAAAUCUUAGAUUGGUUUGUGCAGAUUUGCUUGGCACUGAAGCAUGUACAUGAUCGAAAAAUCCUCCACAGGGACAUCAAGUCGCAGAACAUAUUUCUGACAAAAGAUGGGACUGUACAGCUUGGAGACUUUGGAAUUGCCAGGGUGCUGAACAGCACUGUUGAACUGGCAAGAACAUGUAUAGGAACACCAUAUUACCUAUCACCAGAGAUCUGCGAAAAUAAACCGUACAACAACAAGAGUGAUAUUUGGGCCCUAGGGUGUGUCCUAUAUGAAAUGUGUACUCUUAAGCAUGCAUUUGAGGCUGGCAACAUGAAGAACCUAGUUCUGAAGAUCAUCCGCGGCUCAUACCCUCCCGUGUCUGUUCACUACUCCCAAGAACUGCGCUCUCUCUUGGCCCAGCUGUUUAAACGCAACCCUCGAGAGAGGCCCUCGGUCAGCAGCAUACUGGACAAACCUUUUCUGACCUGUAGGAUAGAGAGGUUCCUCACACCACAGAUCAUUGCUCAGGAAUUCCGCCAUACUUUUCUUCACAAGCAGCCUAAAGCGGAUGUGGUGCAGGGGACACCAGCCAAGCGUUCUGCCCCUGGCUCCAUACCACUUGCCCCAGCCCAGAAAAUAACCAAACCAGCCAGUAAAUACGGAGUGCCUUUAACUGUGAGGAAGGUGUCAGAUGCAGCCAAAAAGCCUGCAGAGAGGAAACCAGCAGUAAAGCAUAAACCGGCCCCUCUCCCAGGAGCCCCCAAGAGAAGAGUGAGGCAAAUGGAGGAAGAGAGGAAAAAACACGAGGACGGCAUCAGAAAGAAAAGGAUGGAGUUGCUUGAGAAAGAAAGGAAACAGCAGAUGCUCCUGUUGAAAGCGGACCAAAUGAAGAGAUAUGAAAAGGAAAAGAUCAAUCGUAUAAACCAAGCCAGAGAACAAGGCUGGAAGCAUGUCUUGAGUUCAAGUGGAGGUAGCAGCCCAGAGAGGAAGUGUUUUGUAGGUGGUGGAAAGGGUGCUGUCCUGAGCUCUGUUCAGGGUCCUUCUCCAGCCCCAGUCCCAAGUAAAAGCUCAUAUGAACACUACCACGCCGCUCUGGACCAAAUGGCUAAACCACAAGUCGUCAGCAGGCAGGGAUCCUCAGCGGGGCCAGGCAGUCCCAUUCGUGUACCGGCUGCUGCUGGCCCAGUGCUGCCCAACGGCCCCGCCCGACUCCUAAACUCUGAUGCAAUCAAGAGAGAACUACAGAGGCUGCAGCACGUUUCUAAACAAGCCCAUUUUAGUAGGCAGCGUGGUCAAAUGGCUGGUGAACGCGCGUAUCAGGUUGAGGAGUUUUUACAGAGGAGAAGAGAAGCCAUGCUCAACAAAGUUCGUGCUGAGGGACAGCUGGGUACUCGGCAAAAUCUGUCUGCAAUCUAUGGAAGCCGGGCUGGUUCGGUUCGGUGCAGGAGACCAAAAGCCAACAAAGAGGAGGAGGAGUACUUGUCAAGACUGAGGCAGAUCCGCUUGCAGAACUUCAAUGAGCGUCAGCAGAUCAAAGCCCGACUCAGAGGAGAGAAGUAUGACAGCGAUGGUUCUGACAGCCAGGAGUCCAGUGAGGAGGCAGAGCUCAGGAAAAAGAAGAUAGAGGCUUUAAAAGCCCAAGCAAAUGCCCGUGCUGCCGUGCUGAAAGAGCAAUUAGAGAAGAAGAGGAAAGAAGCAUAUGAGAGAGAAAAGAGAGUUUGGGAGGACCAUCUUGCAGCUCGGGGGUUGAAGGUUGGCAUGGCAGCAGGGAGCGUAGCGUCGUCGGCAGUAGCAGCAGCAGCAGCAGCAGCAGUAUUAUCUACCUCUGACAGUCCUCUUCCACAGCCAAGUCCUGUUCAGCCAGACCCAGCUGCCAAAGCUCCAGCCCUGCCUGCAUCCAAACCCUCCAAGCCAGCUAUAUCCAUGACUGCUGCCCUGAAGCAAGUUGGAGCAACCACUCCACUAAAGACAAGCUUGCCUGAGCCAGAGACUUCUACGGGCAUCCAGAGUGAGAAAAAGCAGAUUCUGCGCAGACUUAACCAGAACCUAAAAGCCCAGAGCCCAGUGGAGGAGGUGGAGGAGUCACUUCCACCCCCUGCAGAACCAAGUCCUGUACCCCAGCAGAACGAGUCUGACACAGAGAAACGUCCAUCUUCCAACGGAGAUCGGAAGAAGUGGGAUGCAGCAGAACUGCCUGUACUUCCUGUGGCUCAGCAAACCUUGGAGGAAACCUGUGAAACCACAACAAUCACCUCCUCAGUGUCUCCAGACGAUCGACCAUCUUCUGGUGGAGACAGGAAGAAGUGGGAGGCAGGAGUUCCCUUUGUCCCCUCUGUAGCCCAACAAACUCUAGAGCAGACAUGCAUCACCACCAUUGAGCAAACUGCAGGUGAAGUCAUACAGAUUUGUGGGCUACAGGAAGAAGCUCCUAGGAAGGUGUGGGGGGUGAGUCCAGACUCUCAGGUGCUCAGAGUACUUCAGGAGGCAGAGCUUCAGCCUCUCACCCAGCAACUGGAGAAUGUCACCAUCUCUGAGGAAGAGUUUUCUAGCACUGAUAAGCCGGACCAACCAGCAGCUGCUGAGAUUGUGAAGACACCUAAAGAAGUGUUGCCCUGUAAGCAAACGCCAUCUGCUGUGGUUCAGAGCACAGAGGUUCAGAAGGAGAGUGCAGACACCACUGAUUCCUCACGUCAGGAAAUGUCUGUUGCCGGUGUAGUGGAAAGAGUGAAGCUGCCACCCAACUUAACUGAGACUCAGGAUCCAGCAGACCUGGAGUCGGUGGUUUUGGAAGAGACACCUAAACAGGCCUCACGUCCCCUUGCUCUUGUGCAGCAGGCAUGGGAGCUGGAAGCCCAACAGCCAAUGCCACCAGAGGGUAUCACAAGACCAGCAGGCACAAAAGAGGUUUACAAGAGUGCAGAAAAACCAACUGAAUCUUCCGGUUUAGCACAGUGCGAGGAGCCCCUUUUUAUGAAGUUGUGUUCCCCGGCCCACCGACGCACUGCUGCCCUUGCAGUCCUCUCAGCCCAGUCCUCCAUGGAUGAAUCAUCCUCCUCUCUGGCCUCUCGCUCGCGCUCUGUCUCACCCCUGCGCUCCAAACACCAUGACGCCCUCCUCAUUGGUCUCUCUACAGGCAUGUUUGACGCCAACAACCCCAAGAUGCUGCGGACAUGCUCUCUGCCAGACCUCAGUCGUCUCUUCAGCCCUCAGCAGGACUCUGCAGUGACUAGGGAUGUUAAUGUUGCCCCAGACAACAACCUGGAAAUCGAGGACCUGGAUGACGUAGCUAAAGAUGCUGAUCAGUCAGAGACUGAAGAUGCAUAUGAGGAUGAAGACCUGCGGGACAUCCGGGCCUCCAUGGAGAGACUGCUGCAAGAAGAGGUUGGCGCAGGAGACUUUAAUGGAAACCCACCAGAGGGCGAAGACCAAGAGCUAUUCAACAGGAUAGCAGCCGAGAUCAAUCAGGACAACAUUCGAAUGGCUGUAGACGACGACGACGACGAUGACGAAGAAGAGGAUGAGGAGGAAGACGAGGAUGAGGAGGACGAGGAUGAGGAAUGCUCAAAUGGGAGCCCUGGUGAUGAGGAAGCAGGGGAACUGCUUACCAAUGGUGUGGGAGAGGAGAGCCACAGUAAUAACAGCCAGCUCAAUGAAGAGUGGCAUUCAGAUGGCAGUGGAGAGGACCAGGGCGGAGAGGCUGUGCAUCAUGACAGCAUCUUCAGUCGCCUGGAAGAACUUCGCUUCGACCUGGAGCAGCAGAUGGGCUUUGAGAAGUUCAUUGAGGCUUACAAUAAGAUUAAGGCUAUACAUGAAGAUGAAGAUGAGAAUAUUGACCUGGGCUCCAGUUUGGUCUUCAACAUUUUGGGAACUGAGCACCAGCAUCUGUAUCCCAACAUCCUUCAUCUAGUGAUGGCAGAUGGCGCAUACCAAGAAGAUAAUGAUGAAUAAUGUUUCGUGCAGCGGAGCUGCUGGAAGCUAUGACAAUCUGCUAGCUAUCUGAUGUCUUCCCAUGACGCACAUCAUUUGCAGAAGGAUCUAUGCAUGAAGUGUUGCAGCCACAUCUAACAGUGUUUCAGGCACACUUGCAUGAUGAAUAACUAGUACACUCUAGGCUGUAUUUCAUAAUUUUGACUAUCAGCACCUGACACUAUUUUCUCACCAGUGUUCAUCAAAAGUGUGUUAUCAAAUACAUGUUCUUAUUAACCAAAGUUAACUUCAAAGUUCUGUCAAAUGUUUCUGAAAGUCUAUGUCUGUAAAUGAAUGAAACGCAUGUAUUGUCACACUGGUUAAUAACAUAAAUCCGGUUGUGUUUCAGUUUGUUGUUGGCUCAGUUGGAAUCUACAGUGGCAUUUCAUUUUGGUGGGCAAAGAUCUGGUCCUCUCAGGGACUCUCUUUCUAAUUGUCACACAAUACUCAACCAUAGCUUCAAAACGUAAACCAGGUUACCCUCAAACCACGUGUACCAUGACCUACUCAGAACCACUUGAACCUCCUUUUCUUACAACUCUUGACCAAACAAGAAGUUAAAAAUUAUCUAAUACAUUUUCCACAUUUCUUACUGUUUCAGUUAACCCAAAUUAAAUAAAAUGUUUCUGUGAGACUGAUGUAUGUCGCCAAGGUACUGUAGCAAGACUGUGGCGUUAGAGUGGUGGGUGUGAUGUAGUGGGCCAGGUCAGAUUGAUGUUCUGCGCAGAGAAUUGUCCUGACGAUUUACGCAAUGGUACAGAUGUUAACAAUUCCUAUUUGAUUAUACAUUAAAUAUUGUAAAUCUUUAUAUUAAAUAAACACUUUUUUUAAGAACCUGA